AUGGACGGGAUCCUCACCGAUAUCCCGGACUAUGUGGGGGACGACUUUCAUCACACGCAGGCCUGGCAUCGCUUCUUCCGGCUGAUUGUCACUCCGUGGAAUUCAGUCUGCCAAAGAAGGUCUGAGAACCUGACCAUGGACGUUUGGUGUGGAGGCCCAAACAACUCAAUAGAUGCUCAAGUGGAUGCGUUUCAGCUUCCUCCAGGGACUGUGGCAGAGUUGCAGGCAUGCCGUGGGGAGCGGGGUGUUAGAUCCGCAAUCGUGUACCUGUACCUGCGCUACAAAGAGGUUGGGAAACGUGAUAGAGCCCAUGCUACCUUCCUCCUUUUUGACUUGAAGCGGCGUGUACAAUGGUUCUUCGAUCCUGCAACUAAGGCUUUUGACCGCUUUUAUGACCGGCCAGCUCUUGUACCAGGAUACACAACAGCCCCAAGAGCGCAAGCGGUGUGGGUCAGCAACAACAAAGCAAUACAACAUCGAUGGCCAGCUGAAGGGACUGAGCUUGACAGAAGAAAGUGCUGUCAACUUCUGUGUAACAUGGUUGCCCUGUGCUGUCUGCGAUUUGGGAUUGUGAACCCGCGGCUGGCAGCCAACGUUCUUGCGGACGCGUACCCGACAGGAAAGUUGCGAAGGGCGCUGAACGACAAGAUAGCUUCCUUUUACAAUGUUAAUUAUCAGGAUACUCCGGCUGAAAUGGGAACGAGGCUCCUGGCACCAAUCCCCAACGCAAGGGCAGCCCGUGCACCCCCACCCCCUCCACCCCUCCCCCCACCACCCGGGAAAGCGGGCAGCCAGCGGGCGGCCAACAUGUUCGAAACCAACCUGCGGGCACGCAAAGUCGCAGGACAUAAUGCACGGGUUCUCGCCAAGGUAGCAAGGGAAUACACAGGCAGCAACCUGUCAAAUGCCAACAUCCUGCGCAAUUACAGUCACAAGUACAAGUGGGUCAUGGAUGCAGUUGCUCUGGCAGAUGCGGAGCGCAAAAAGCUCAAGCUGCCUGUGGCUGUGGUUGGCCAGAUCAUUCCAAAGGUGAACAAGACAAAGCCUCUCACCGAACGAGAUCUCGAAAGGCAUUUGCAGAACAUAAGGAUGACAGCUCAGACGGCAAACAUGAUGAGUGAGCUGCGUUCACGCCUGGCAAAACGGUCGGCAGUCUGA